CCCAGAUUUUGAUUUUAAAAGGAUUCUCUCUGUUUUCUCUAGUCUUUAGGGUUAGGUUAAAGUUUUCUUUGACCAUCUGUUUCUGUUCUCUUUGAUUUUCCACGAUACAGUGAGAGCAAGAAGAGAAAGAAAACAAAAACAAACACAGAGAUAAAGAAGAUUUCUGCGGAAACGACAGCAUGACAGCAUGAUUUGUUUGUCGUUUAAGGUUUUGAUCUGUAAGUUAUGGAAGAUGAAGGAUCGAUCUUUUUGGAGGGAAUUUGUUCUUAGAAAAGAGCCAGCUCUGGUUGGUUGAUUGAUCUUUAUACCGCUUUGCUCAGGCAGUUUCAGCCAAAGUUUAUAGUUUAUAAAACAAAAAAAAAAAUGUCAUCGUCAAACUCUCCUUGCGCGGCGUGCAAGUUUCUUCGUCGAAAAUGCACUCAAGAAUGCGUCUUUGCACCUUAUUUCCCACCAGACAAUCCUCAAAAAUUCGCCAACGUUCACAAGGUAUUCGGCGCCAGUAAUGUAGCCAAGCUCUUAAACGAACUCAACGCUUCCCAACGUGAAGACGCUGUCAACUCUUUAGCCUAUGAGGCUGAGGCUCGUCUCCGAGACCCAGUCUAUGGCUGUGUUGGCCUGAUCUCCAUCUUGCAACACAGGCUUAAACAAAUGCAACACGAUCUUUACAAUGCUAAGAAGGAACUGUCUACUUUUAUUGGUCCUCAAGCUAUGCUUCCUAUUUUACAACCGCCAGCUUUUUUGCCACAACAUGUUGGGAACCCUUCUUCUUCGGCUGUGAUGCAACACAAUAUGAUGCCAAUGAUGGGGAUUCCUACAGCUGCCGCGGUGGCGGCGGCGGCUUCACAUGUGGGGCAGUUGGCGAUAAGGGAACCACAACAACAACAACAGAUUUUUGAGGCUCAACAACAAUUGGCUGCGGCGGCAGCCGCACGAGAACAACAAGAAAUGUUUAGAGGUUAUGAACAGCAACAUCAUCAGGAUCAACAGCAAGAGAUUGUGAGGUUUAAUAGUGGGUUUGAAGGGGCUGGCUCAGUUACUGCAACUGGGUUUAAUCAGAUGACAACUGCAGCUACCAUGUCACCGUCAUUGGCUUUAGGGAGUUUCGAUAACCCUUAUCAGAUUCAGACACAACAACAAGAUCAUCAUCAUCAUUCUCAUGGGGGUCAUUCACUUCAAGCACAGCUUUUGCUUCAGCCACAGCAAGUGCAACCACAGCAACCGGCACAGCAAAAUCAACAGCAACAAACACACCAAAAUCAGCAGCAGCAACAGCAAAGGUCAGGAAGCGAGGAGGGUAGGAGUAUUGGUCCUUGUUGAGUUAUAAAAAAAAA